AUACACAUGUAGGUCAUCCAAAAAAUGGCUUAGCACCGAAAGCUCGUAUGUAUCGUGGCAAAGAAUAACUUUAAUUUAAAUGGCCUUCAGUGAUUUAUGUCACAUAAGUAAUGCGUACAAAACCGUCGAAAAUGAACCAGAUCAGUCGGAACGCAUUAUGGAAGAAAACUCAAUGGUCCGGGAUCUUAUCACCAAGAUUCUUGAUGAGACUGGGCCCUCAGAAAGCAGCAGCUCUAUCCAACCACCGGAAAAAGCUUUAAGCAUACUGCCCACUUCCGCCUCUUACCCCAAGAGCGAAUCGAACAACUCAUUCAUGCCACCGUCUUAUAAUUACCAGAACAAUUUGUACAACUUCCCCCAAAAUGACCAAAAUGGUUUCAACUUCAUGCAGAACGGAUUUGGUGGAACAAACUUUGUCAAUUAUCCGGACAACGAUGUCAACACGUUGCUUGGCAUCGAUACAGUCACAGAUACCGGUUCCGACGUAACACCGGAACAACUAAAUUUGCUCAGACUUGCAGCUCAAGAGAUAGGUGGCGCCCAAUUCUCGAGUCCGAAGUACGAUGAUAAUAAGUAUUAUAAUUUUUUCGAACCGAGCCAAAGAAAUUCGCUACCUGAAUCGAAUAUGUAUUCGAUGAACAAUUACAACAGACCCAACAGUCUCAAUUUGGACAUGAAUUACAAUAACUACGAGAAUACGUUCAAUAAUGCUCAAAGAUAUCCUAAUAAUGGUUUCAAAGAGACGAAUCCAGAAGGCGAUUUGCUAAGCUACUUAAAUCACUUGAACAUAUCCAUGGAUAGAUCUCGGGAAGAGAAUCUUAUGCAGAACAAUAUGGACUUCAAACUGCACGAUAACAACCAUUAUCCGAAUGAAGACUUCAAUAAAAUGCAAGAUAAGAUGUUCUAUAAUAGGGGUUACCAGCAAAUGCCUCCGAAAAACUUCUCUGGUGACAACUUUUACGAUAUGAUGUCGCAAAUGAACGAACGCAGUCCAAUGGGUCAGAAUUUUGAGUUCCCCAAUCAAUCGACGCCUGUUUCUGGAUCGAAUGCGAUGAACUUCAAACCGAACGGUUUUCACCAAAACGAGUUUAUGCAAAGACGUGACAUGAAUCCUAUUAUGCCCCGUGAUAAUUUCCAAUCGAAUGGCUUGAACGAACAGCGUACGAAUUUCGAGAAUCCAUUGGGUGGCAACAAUCAGGCGUUGUUAAGGCAGAACCAGGAGUUGGCGAGACAGAUGAGUUUGUUGAUGAGAACUCGCCCGCCACCUCCGAACCAGUUAAACGUUGACGUGUCGUUUCUGCAUGAGAAUACACCUUUUAAUCUUGGUUUAGGCGCAUUAAUAGGUCCGAGUCCACCAGUACCACCGCCUGUGUUACCAUCGCCGAUGUUGGACAUGCCGCUACUUGCACCGUUCUAUGCCAUGAGGAAUAUGAGGGGUGCAGCAACAUCAUCGGGAAUACUCCACGCUCGCUUGGACGCUUGCUACGAGCAAUGGAGGCAGUUAGAGCGUGAGAGGAAGCGUACAGAGGCAAGACUCGCUCUUGCUUACCCAGGCCGGGCAGUAUCGUCAUCAAAUUCCAUACCCGUUCCCAGAUUGCCGCCUUGCCCUACAAGGGUCGAUAGGCUUACAGUGGAUAUGCUCAGGGAACAUACUAAGGUAUUAACUCUCAUGGGUAAAAUGGAAACGCUGCGUGCGAGCGUUUGCGUGGCACAGAACAAAAAGCCGAUGAAAUCUGAAGACCCCAAGAUCACAGUCCUCAAACGGGGGCAAGAGAAUGUUGCUAACGAGAAAGAGACAGACAAUGGUGUUGAUCCGGCGACCUUUGACCCGAGCACUUGGCGAGAAGACGUCAAGAAUUUGGCCGAAAUUGCUCCUCAUAGUGAAGUGGAGAGUGCGAUGUUAUCGUGGCGUAGUGCUGUGGGCGCGGUACAAGCAGCGAGACGACGCGAGUUGGCGCCGCACGCGGGAAGAUAUAUGAGACAAGAUCCUAUCCUGCAGCUGGCGGAGGCAGUGAAGCAGCUGGGCGUGUGCGCGCGACGCGCCCGGUGCGCCAUGUGGUGCGACCUCACGCUCACCGUCGCGCUCGCGCCCCACCCGCCCCACACCGAUCACCACCAGAGUGAGACUUCGUCCCAGUCUUCGGUGCAAUCGACGCCUUCAAAGCCGAUCCAGGAAGUCGCUGCAAGUAACUCUACUCCGAGUUCCUCAAAAGCGUCCCAGUCUGAUACUAAAGAGGACAAGGCCGUCAACGAACCGAUAAAAAUCGACCAGAAAAACCCCAACAAUCCUCCAAACAAACAGACAGACAAACUCCAAGAGAAGAACAACCAAAGGCGAACACCGAACUAUAGGAAAGUGAACCAUCGCAAUGACUUCUACGCGAAGAACCAGAGGUAUGACAACCGGUUUAUGCAUAACCGACACCCUUAUCAUUACUUAGCCACGGGACCUAUUAACUAAAUCUUAAUUAAAAUGCAAAACUUUAAUUUUUCAUCAUUAAUGAUAAUUAAAUUAAUAUAUAGAUGGGAAUAGGUAGCCUUUAUUUAUUUUAACUCUUUGAUGACACAUGACUUGGAGCCAUUAUAACCAAUUUUCAAUACUUAUAGCAGCUUAUAGACAAUGCAUAUUAAUAUGAUAAUAUGCAUUUAUUAUUAUUCUAAAAUAAAUUUAUAAAAUAAUCAAGAUACAUUCAAUAAAGUGGUUCUAGAAUUUCUCAAGACAUUUACAAACCAAUAUUGGUUAGAACUGCUCUUUGUCAUAUUUCGUUAAAUACAAAUAUGCUAUUCCUAUUACUGCUUGUUGGAAUUAUAUCAAAUUAUUUAUUAAAAUACUUCUGUUUAGUAAUGAAAAAGCCGUUAAUUCAGAAUUGGUAAUCUUGGAAUUAUUUCUUGACAUGGAAACACUGUUGAAAUUGUUUACUUAUCUAAACAUUCGCUUUAUAGUAUAUACAGGGUUAUUAGGAAAACCCUAGUAACUUCGCAGGACUAAAUCAAUGUGGGCCAAAUAAAGUAAAUAAAAAUAUAGCACUGUCAAAAUGCCAUCUUGGUCUUAAUUGUGCUUCAACUUCAGGGUGUAAGGUGUGCAAGAAAAAGCAUGAAAAUAUUUUAUAAAUAAACGUAUUAUCGUAGUAUUAUUUACGGAUUACGGCACAAUGACAUUUGUAAUUAAAUUCGAAGUCAUAAAAUGGCGACGUGUUUAGGGUGGUCAGCAUUAACGUCACGACAAAAAACGUCAACAUAUUUAGUAAUAAACAAAGUGACCAAUU